AAAAUUUUAAAUUAUCUUUUUUUUUUUUUUUUUUUAUUUAUUUUUUUUUAUUUAAAAAAUAUUUUAGUUUUUUUUUAAAAUUAUAUAUAAAAUAUUUUUUGUAAAUGCCAAGAAGUAGUAGUAAAAGUAGUAGUAGCAGCGGAAGUUUAUCUCGACAAGAGAAAGAGAUCGAAAAAUUAUUACCAUUUGCAGGAAGAACUAGAAGAGCAACAUCCCAACAAAACCCACUAUAUGUAAAUAAAGAAAAUAAAAAAGAUGAUGAGGACGUAGAAGAGAGCGAAGAUGUCUCAGAAGAGGAAGAAGAAAUAUCAAAAAGAAGGUCAGCAUCGAAAUCAUCGUCUGGUGGGUCACAAAGAUCAGCAAGAGGUAGAAAAAAUAUUGUUAAAAAACCAAUAGCACCAAAUAAAAGAAAACAAAAAGAAGAGGAGGAGGAAGAGGAGGAAGAGGAACUAAAUUCAGAAAAUGACAGUUAUGAUAAUAAACAAGAUGAUAGUUCUGGUCAAGAGGCUGAAGAUAAUGAAGAUUUUAAAAGUAGUUCUGAGGAAUCAAAUAGUAGUUAUGAAGAUUCAUCAGAUUCAGAUUAUAAACCAAAGACCAAAAAGAAAUCGACACAAUCACCAUCAAAGAGUAAUAGUGCAAAAAGAAAACCAGCAGCAAAAUCAAAAUCACCUAAUAAAAAGCAAAAAACAACCACAUCAACCAAAACUAAAAAAUCGCAAAAAAAAACCAGUCUAAAAUUUAAAGAUUCAGAUGAAGAGGGCGAUGAGUCAGAUAGCGAAGCAUCAUCUCAACCAAAAUGGGGCAACUCAUUAGAUUUAGAUAAUUUAUUAUCAUUAAAUGUUGGUGUAAAUAAAAAGUUUUUAGACCCAAAUCAAAAGAUCAAGGAUAAACAAGUUAGUGAAAAACAACAGAAUGAUAUUAAAGAAGAGGGUCAUUCAAGAAGGAAAGAGCUGGAUAAGCUCAGAGAGGAUGAAAAGAGAAGAGAAUCAAGAAGAAGAAUCCGUACUCUAACUGCUGAUGAUGAAGAUGAAAACAAUGAUGGAGAGUAUCAACAAAACAGUGCAAUUAAAAAAGGAAGAGAUCUAUUUAAUUUCUUGGAUGAAAAAACACCGAAAAGAACAAUUCGAUUCAAUGACGAUUCACCAUAUAAAAGCUAUAAUAAUAAUAAUAACGAUAAUGAUAAUGACGAUGCCAGAAGUAUUGAUGAACCAAUUCAAGUACAACAACGUCAACUUUCCUCAAACCACUUAAUAUCGAAACCAUUAUCCUUUAGCAGUAAUAUUAAAUCAACAAUACUAUUUAACAAUACAACAACACAAGGUGAAAAUGAUCCAGAUGACAGCAAUCCAUUAAAAUAUUUAGAUGAGGAUGGAAUUAAAAUACCUGAUGAACUAAAGGAACAAUCAGAAACAGAAAAACAAGAUAAAGAAAAUGAAAAUGAAAACGAAAACGAAAACGAAAACGAAAACGAAAAUGAAAACGAAAAUGAAAAUAAUAAACAGUUUAAAAAAGAAGAGGAGGACGAAGAUGAAUCAAUUAUUAUCAGCGAUAAUGAAAAAGAUAAUAAUAAUAAUAAUAACAAUAAUAAUGAUCCUGAUCCUGAUCAAGAAAUCAAUAAUUUUAAACCAUCAUUAAAAACCAGUUUUGCAAGUAGCCAACAAAGUGAAAAUAGCCAAUUUCCAAAUACUCAAGAAUAUAAUAACUAUUUAGAAGCUACUGAAGGUUUAUUUGAAACAACGGUUACAAAAGAAGAAUUUAAAAAUCUAAAUAAAAAACAAUAACCAUAUAGAAUAUUUUUUGUAUAUCAUUAUACAUAAAAUAGUCAUAUUUGUAUAUUUAAUUAGCACAACACUCGUAAUAUAAAUAAAAUUUAUAAAUAAAAUGUAAAUAAAAAAAAAAAUUUGGGUGGAAUCACUUGUAAAU